CUCCGCACGCGCCGAACAACGGUCUCCCAUCUUCAUUCGCAUCGCAAACCGGACUCCUCUUCCUGGGUCCUGCCAUUGUAACUUGUAUCGUUGCAGUUGACGAAGACUCGAGGGAUUAAGAAACAACACCCUCCCUAUCAUCCUUGCUCACUGGCUGUUUGAAGCCGUGUUUUAAGUCUCUCUGUCUUGCUUCAUUGUCUCCUUUACACCUGGACUGGCAGUAUUGUCUGUUGCGAGCGCGUCAAAACUGCAGGUUCUUGAAGAAAUCCUAGCUGCCGACACGGCGGUGUCGCUUCUUUACCUCUGCCAACAUCUGGUGGCUCGGAAUUAUCCGUUCUACACUCUCUGCCUCUCUCCCACUCGCAGGCUCUCGCGAUAAAUCAUCGCUAUCCCGCCUCAAGAUGGCUCCAGCAGCUCAAAUGACUUACCAAAAAGACGAAAAAGUUCUUUGCUUUCACCAUGAGAUCUUGUAUGAAGCCAAGAUUCUCGAUGUAAAGCAUACCGUUCCCGACGACCGCAAAAGCCCAUACGAGUAUCUGGUCCACUAUAAGGGCUGGAAGAACACCUGGGAUGACUGGGUCCCCCAAGAUCGUCUACGUAAAUUCACGGAGGAGAAUCGAGAAUUGGCCACUACUCUUCGCCGAGAUGCGGAGGCCGCUUACCGCCAGAAAAACACCAAACCCUCCGUGAAAAGGCGGAGAGGCUCCGAUCCCAGCUCUGUCCGGGGAAGCGAGGAGCGCCAAAUGUCCGUUCCUGGUCGCAACAAUAAGAGAGCCAGAGAUAAUGACAUCGAAAAGGAGGACAAUUUCUAUGUUCGGCCAUCAGUGCGAAUUGUCAUCCCUGAUAAUUUAAAGUCCCUCCUCGUGGAUGAUUGGGAAAAUAUCACCAAGAAUCAACAAGUCGUGGCGUUACCCGCGAAAUGCUCAGUGAAUCAGAUCUUCGAGGAAUACGAAGCGGAAGAAAAGCCCAAGCGGACGACUGGAGCUGACACCGAUGUCCUCGAAGAGGUGAUUUCGGGUAUCAAAGAAUACUUCGACAAAGCUCUGGACAAGAUCCUUCUCUACAAGUCUGAGCGCGAACAGUACCGCUCUAUUCGCAAGGAAUGGGAGAAAGGCUCUGGGGAUCUGGCGGACAAGUCGCCCCUUGAUGUCUACGGUGCCGAGCAUCUGACCCGACUCUUUGCCACUAUGCCGGAACUCAUUGCGCAGACAAACAUGGAUCUGCAGUCCACCAAUCGACUUCGUGAAGAGCUUUCUAAAUUCACCCUCUGGCUGAGUAAAAACUCUAGCAAGUACUUUGCAACGCGCUAUUUGAACAUGAGCAAUGAGUACGUCGAAAAGGCCAGGGGUGUUCCGAACCCGAAUCCCGGAACCGCCACUUCGAAUUUGGUUUGAAUACACGUACUUGGAGGUGAUGGAAGUUUCAUUUGAUCAAUAUCCCUACUAUUUUAACUAUCAUCUUCGCAUAUCUUCUUUUUCUCUCUCUUCCUUUUCUUGACCUGAUGUCGGCUGCGACAACCGCAAUAUUUUGUCUACCUUGGUGGGACAAGACUUGAUGUGAACUGCGGUUUUUAAUGAAUUGGGAUUACGUGUAACAUAAGUAUAGAACUGGCGAACUCUGGACGGAUCCAUUUUGCUUGAUGCAGC